CCUACAAUUUUACCUUUUCUUGAAUGUCAUAUAAAUGAAAUCAUACAGUGUAUAGACUUUUCAAUUUGUCCUCUUUCACUCAGCAUAAUGCAUUUGAGAUUCAUCCAUGUUGUGUGUAUAAGUAGUUUGUUCUUUUUUAUAACUCUGUUUUUAAAAUACCCCCAAGAGGGAGUUUACAUUGGGAGUUGUGAGUUUUUUGUGUCUUAUAUGCUGUUUUGGAAAACGGGAAGAGAAAAUGUCAUCUAGAUCAUUUUUAGUGCCCCAAAACAUGUUUAAGCUAUUUUGUAGAUGGCUUCUCAUUUCAAUGUUAACAGAAUAACUUUUUGUUUUUAGCCCAUGUGUCAGUCUCAUAUGAUUGGCUUUUGUACCAGUUCUGUAAAUGAAGAAACUGAGGCCCAGGGAGAUCAAAUAAGUUGCCCAAAUCACGCAACCCUUGUGUUCAGAACCCAGAUAUCUUCACUCCCAAGUCUACAGAAAUAAAUAUCUUCCUUCAAUAGAUGAAAAUGAAAAUACAGAAGAAAGAGAAGCAGUUGUCAAAUUUAAAAGUUUUGAAUCACUCCCCAAUGUCUGAUGCCUCUGUCAAUUUUGACUACAAAUCUCCAUCCCCAUUUGACUGCAGCACUGAUCAAGAAGAGAAAAUUGAAGAUGUUGCUAGUCACUGUCUGCCUCAGAAGGACCUGUAUACUGCUGAAGAGGAAGCUGCUACCCUUUUUCCUAGGAAAAUGACAUCCCAUAAUGGGAUGGAGGACAGUGGAGGAGGAGGUACUGGAGUGAAGAAGAAACGGAAGAAAAAGGAGCCAGGAGACCAAGAGGGUGCAGCAAAGGGAAGCAAGGACAGAGAGCCCAAGCCAAAGAGGAAACGAGAACCGAAAGAGCCAAAGGAACCCAGAAAGGCCAAGGAGCCGAAGAAGGCCAAGGAGCACAAGGAGCCGAAGCAAAAAGAUGGGGCAAAGAAGGCACGGAAGCCCCGGGAGGCCUCGGGCACCAAGGAGGCCAAAGAGAAGAGGAGCUGCACUGACUCUGCAGCCAGGACGAAGUCCAGGAAGGCCAGCAAGGAGCAAGGACCAACCCCAGUGGAGAAAAAGAAGAAAGGAAAAAGGAAAAGUGAAACUACAGUGGAGAGUUUAGAGCUGGAUCAGGGCCUGACGAACCCAUCUCUGCGGAGUCCUGAGGAGUCCACUGAGUCUACAGACAGCCAGAAACGACGCUCGGGAAGGCAAGUAAAGCGCAGAAAAUACAAUGAGGACCUGGACUUCAAAGUGGUGGAUGAUGAUGGGGAAACAAUUGCUGUUCUUGGAGCUGGUCGAACAUCUGCACUCUCAGCCUCUACACUGGCCUGGCAGGCGGAGGAGCCUCCAGAAGAUGAUGCAAACAUCAUUGAGAAGAUCCUGGCAUCUAAGACUGUCCAGGAGGUUCACCCAGGAGAACCUCCGUUCGACUUGGAGCUGUUCUACGUUAAGUAUAGAAAUUUUUCCUACUUACAUUGUAAAUGGGCCACAAUGGAAGAGCUCGAAAAGGAUCCUCGCAUCGCACAGAAGAUCAAGCGAUUUAGGAAUAAACAAGCCCAGAUGAAGCACAUUUUUACAGAGCCUGAUGAAGACUUGUUCAAUCCAGACUAUGUAGAAGUUGAUCGCAUCUUGGAGGUGGCCCACACCAAGGAUGCAGAAACAGGGGAGGAGGUAACACAUUACCUGGUGAAGUGGUGCUCACUACCAUAUGAAGAAAGCACGUGGGAGCUAGAGGAAGAUGUAGAUCCUGCAAAAGUUAAAGAAUUUGAAUCUCUUCAAGUUCUCCCUGAAAUUAAGCAUGUGGAGCGGCCUGCUUCAGACUCCUGGCAGAAACUUGAGAAGUCUCGCGAGUAUAAGAACAGUAACCAGCUCCGGGAGUACCAGCUGGAAGGGAUGAACUGGCUUCUUUUUAACUGGUAUAACAGAAAAAACUGUAUUUUGGCUGAUGAGAUGGGCCUAGGGAAAACCAUCCAGUCCAUCACAUUCCUUUCAGAAAUAUUUCUGAGAGGAAUCCACGGCCCUUUUCUCAUUAUCGCCCCUCUCUCCACCAUCACUAACUGGGAGCGGGAGUUUCGGACAUGGACAGAGAUGAAUGCCAUUGUGUACCACGGCAGCCAGAUCAGCAGGCAGAUGAUCCAGCAGUAUGAAAUGGUGUACAGAGACGCCCAGGGAAACCCCCUUUCAGGAGUCUUCAAGUUCCACGUCGUCAUCACAACAUUUGAAAUGAUCCUAGCAGACUGCCCAGAGUUGAAGAAGAUUCACUGGAGCUGUGUGAUAAUUGAUGAAGCCCACAGACUGAAGAAUAGGAACUGCAAACUUCUGGAGGGUCUAAAGCUUAUGGCCCUGGAACAUAAAGUGCUUCUCACUGGAACACCCUUGCAGAACUCUGUGGAGGAGCUCUUCAGUUUGUUAAAUUUUCUGGAGCCAUCACAGUUUCCUUCAGAGACCGCUUUCUUGGAGGAAUUUGGAGAUCUGAAAACAGAGGAACAGGUAAAGAAACUGCAGUCUAUCCUAAAACCAAUGAUGCUUCGGCGGCUGAAAGAUGAUGUGGAAAAGAACCUUGCUCCCAAACAAGAGACGAUCAUUGAGGUGGAACUGACCAAUAUCCAGAAAAAGUACUACCGUGCCAUCCUCGAGAAGAACUUUUCCUUCCUGACCAAGGGGGCAAAUCAGCACAACAUGCCCAAUCUCAUCAACACCAUGAUGGAGCUGAGGAAGUGCUGUAACCAUCCCUACCUGAUCAAUGGAGCAGAGGAGAAAAUUCUAGAAGAUUUCCGAAAAACCCACAGCCCUGAUGCCCCUGACUUUCAGCUGCAGGCCAUGAUUCAGGCAGCAGGAAAGCUUGUGUUGAUUGAUAAACUACUCCCUAAGCUGAUUGCAGGUGGCCACAAAGUACUCAUCUUCUCCCAGAUGGUGCGCUGCCUCGACAUCCUAGAAGAUUACCUCAUCCAGAGAAGAUACACCUAUGAGCGAAUUGAUGGGCGAGUACGGGGAAACCUGCGCCAGGCAGCCAUCGACCGGUUCUGUAAGCCAGAUUCAGACCGCUUUGUCUUUCUUCUGUGCACCAGAGCGGGAGGCCUGGGGAUCAAUCUCACAGCUGCUGAUACCUGCAUCAUAUUUGAUUCUGACUGGAACCCACAAAAUGACUUGCAGGCUCAGGCCCGAUGUCACCGCAUAGGCCAAAGCAAAGCUGUGAAGGUGUAUCGCCUCAUCACUCGAAAUUCCUACGAGCGCGAGAUGUUUGACAAGGCCAGCCUAAAGCUGGGGCUGGACAAGGCUGUUCUUCAGGACAUCAACCGAAAGGGCGGCACCAAUGGGGUACAGCAGCUCUCAAAAAUGGAGGUGGAGGACCUACUCCGGAAAGGUGCUUAUGGAGCCUUAAUGGAUGAAGAAGAUGAAGGCUCCAAGUUCUGUGAAGAAGACAUAGACCAGAUUCUGCAGAGGCGAACGCACACCAUCACCAUCCAGUCUGAGGGGAAAGGGUCCACUUUUGCCAAGGCUAGCUUUGUGGCUUCAGGAAACAGAACAGAUAUUUCCUUAGAUGAUCCUAACUUUUGGCAGAAAUGGGCUAAAAUAGCUGAACUAGACACUGAAGCAAAGAAUGAAAAGGAAAGCUUAGUGAUCGACCGACCUCGCGUGAGAAAGCAGACCAAACACUACAACUCGUUUGAGGAAGACGAGCUCAUGGAGUUUUCAGAGUUAGACAGCGACUCAGACGAAAGGCCCACGAGAUCCAGGCGCCUCAAUGACAAAGCCAGGCGCUACCUCCGAGCGGAGUGCUUCCGGGUAGAGAAGAACCUGCUCAUCUUUGGCUGGGGCCGGUGGAAGGACAUCCUGACUCAUGGCCGAUUCAAGUGGCAUCUGAACGAGAAGGACAUGGAGAUGAUUUGCCGUGCCCUCCUGGUGUACUGUGUCAAGCAUUAUAAGGGGGACGAGAAGAUCAAGAGUUUCAUUUGGGAACUGAUCACACCUACCAAAGAUGGGCAAGCCCAGACCCUCCAGAACCACUCAGGCUUGUCUGCCCCAGUCCCCAGAGGGAGGAAGGGGAAGAAGACGAAGAACCAGUUGCUAAUCCCAGAGCUAAAGGAUGCAGAUUGGCUAGCCACCUGCAACCCCGAGGUGGUCUUGCAUGAUGAUGGCUAUAAGAAACACCUCAAACAGCACUGCAACAAAGUACUUUUGCGAGUCCGGAUGCUGUACUACCUAAAAGCUGAAAUACUGGGAGAAGCAGCUGAGAAAGCAUUUGAAGGAUCUCCUGCCAGGGAGCUGGAUGUACCUCUGCCUGACAUCGACUACAUGGAGAUCCCAGUGGACUGGUGGGAUGCUGAAGCCGAUAAGUCACUUCUCAUUGGCGUGUUCAAGCAUGGUUAUGAAAGGUACAAUGCCAUGCGAGCAGACCCAGCACUUUGCUUCCUGGAGAAAGUUGGGAUGCCCGAUGAGAAGUCCCUUUCUGCAGAACAGGGUGUUACGGAUGGGACCUCAGACAUUCCUGAAAGAGGCAACACAGAUAAAGAAGACAAUGCUGAGGACAAAGUAGAUGGCCUCCAGAAACAAACGGAGAGUUCCAGUGAUGGAGGUGAUGGCGUUUUUAGCGAAAAGAAGGAUGACAGCCGGGCAGCCCAGGAUGGCUCCGACCCAGACAAAUCGCCCUGGCCAGUUUCCUCCGCCCUCACAGCUCGUCUCAGACGUCUGGUCACUGUUUACCAGCGCUGCAACCGCAAGGAACUGUGCCGGCCUGAAAUUCUGGGACCAGGUAACCAAGGAUAUUGGGUUCAGGAAGAGAUGUUCAGGAGAACCUCAGAAAUGGACCUCAUCAACAAGGAAGCCCAAAAGAGGUGGACUAGGAGAGAACAAGCAGACUUCUAUAGAACAGUGUCUUCCUUUGGUGUUGUUUACGAUCAAGAAAAGAAAACCUUUGACUGGACACAGUUCCGCAUCAUUUCCCGUUUGGACAAGAAGUCGGAUGAGAGCCUGGAACAGUAUUUUUAUAGUUUUGUGGCCAUGUGCCGGAAUGUCUGUCGUCUACCCACAUGGAAAGAUGGCGGUCCCCCAGAUACCACCAUCUACGUUGAACCCAUCACUGAGGAACGUGCUGCAAGAACUCUGUACCGCAUUGAACUGUUACGGAAAGUCCGAGAGCAAGUGCUCAAGUGCCCUCAGCUGCAUGAACGCCUCCAGCUGUGCAGGCCCAGCCUCUACCUCCCAGUCUGGUGGGAGUGUGGGAAGCAUGAUCGAGACCUGCUCAUCGGCACUGCCAAACAUGGGCUGAACCGCACUGACUGUUACAUCAUGAACGACCCCCAGCUGUCCUUCCUGGAUGCCUAUAGAAACUAUGCCCAGCAUAAAAGAUCUGGCACCCAGGCACCAGGAAAUCUCUGUUGCCUUUACCAGACCAACUCCAAGUUAUAUGAAUCUCUUACAUAUUCUCAAAUGAGUAGGACGUCAGAGUCCCUUGAAAAUGAACCUGAAAAUCUAGUGAAAGUAGAAAGCAGAGAUGAUCAUCUCAGCCUGCCUGAUGUGACAUGUGAAAACUUUAUUUCUAAAGUUCAGGAUGUCAUUUCCAUCAACCAUGAUGAAAGUCUGCUGCCUGAGUCCUUAGAGAGCAUGAUGUAUGGUAAGAAGGUGCUCAGCCAAGAACCAAGCUCUUUUCAGGAGAGCCCAAGUACCAAUACUGAAUCUAGAAAAGAUGUUAUUACCAUCUCAAUAAGCAAAGAUGGGAACUGCCAGUCUGGUGGCCCUGAGGCAGAAAUAGCUUCUGGCCCUACUUUUAUGGGUAGCUUAGAAGCAGGAGGAGUAGCUCAAGCAAACAUCAAAAAUGGAAAACAUUUGUUGAUGUCUAUUUCAAAGGAAGGGGAGCUCUGCUGCAGUGAGGCAGGACAGAGACCUGAAAGCAUCGGCCAGCUGGAAGCCAAGUGUUUAGCUUCCCCUUCCUUGAAUCCAGGAAAUGAAAGUGGGUUUGUAGAUAUGUGCAGUCUUAGUGUCUGUGACUCCAAAAGAAACCUGUCAUCAGAUCAGCAAUUAAUUGAUUUAUUGGAAAACAAAAGCUUAGAAAGUAAAUUGAUUUUGAGUCAGAACCACAGUGAUGAGGAGGAAGAAGAGGAGGAAAACGAGGAGGAAAACUUAGCCAUGGUAGUAGGCAUGGGGGAAAGGCCAGAGGUAUUGCAUCUCACGGAGCCCACUACUAACAUCUCAAGGGAAAAGAACCAAGGCUUCCAAGAUGAAACCAAGAAAGGAAGCUUAGAGGUGGCAAACCAGACUCCUGGGCUACAGAGGGCUUUCCCCGCUCCAGCAGCCUGUCAGUGCCACUGCAAACACAUGGAGAGGUGGAUGCAUGGCCUCGAGAAUGAUGAAUUUGAAAUCGAGAAACCCAAGGCUUAUAUCCCAGAUCUGUUCAAAAGUAAAACCAAUACUAUCGCCAUGGAGGGUGAACCCACUGCUAUUCCAUCACAGCCGUUUAAAGUGAAGCAUGAGCUUUUAAAAGAACCUUGGAAAGAAAGUGCAGAGGGGCAAAACGUUUUCCCCACAUAUCCUCUUGAAGGAAGUGAGCUCAAAUCAGAAGACAUGGAUUUUGAGAAUAAAGAUGAUUAUGAUAGAGACGGAAACUGCCAUAGUCAAGAUUAUCCAGGGAAGUACUCUGAAGAGGAGAGCAAGAGCUCAACAUCGGGCAUCACAGGAGACAUUGGGGAUGAGCUACAGGAGGCUCGAGCUCCCACUAUUGCUCAGCUGCUACAGGAGAAAACUCUCUAUUCCUUCUCUGAGUGGCCAAAGGACCGCGUGAUAAUUAACCGCCUAGAUAAUAUCUGCCACGUGGUGUUAAAGGGGAAGUGGCCCUCCAGCCAGCAGUAUGAGCCCUCAGGCACACUGCCCACCCCGGUAUUAACCAGCAGUGCUGGUUCUCGAACCAGCCUCUCAGAGCCGGAAGCAGCAGAACACAGCUUCAGCAACGGCGCAGCAUUGGCGGCCCAGAUCCAGAAGGAGAGCUUCUUAGCUCCAGUAUUCACAAAGGAUGAACAAAAGCACAGGCGUCCCUAUGAGUUUGAGGUGGAGAGGGAUGCAAAGGCUCGGGGCCUGGAGCAGUUCUCUGCCACCCACGGGCACACCCCUAUCAUCCUCAAUGGCUGGCAUGGGGAGUCAGCUAUGGACCUCUCCUGCUCAUCAGAGGGGUCCCCAGGAGCCACAUCCCCUUUCCCAGUGAGCGCCAGCACCCCUAAGAUUGGGGCUAUCAGUUCACUUCAGGGAGCCCUUGGCAUGGACUUGUCUGGGAUUCUGCAAGCUGGCCUGAUCCAUCCUGUGACUGGACAGAUUGUCAAUGGAAGCCUCAGAAGAGAUGAUGCAGCCACGAGGAGGCGGAGAGGGAGGCGGAAACAUGUUGAAGGAGGGAUGGACCUCAUCUUUUUGAAGGAGCAGACACUUCAGGCGGGAAUCUUGGAAGUGCAUGAAGACCCAGGGCAGGCCACCUUGAGCACCACACACCCUGAGGGGCCAGGGCCUGCCACCUCGGCUCCUGAGCCAGCUACAGCAGCCAGCAGCCAAGCCGAGAAAUCCAUUCCCAGCAAGAGUCUGCUUGACUGGCUAAGGCAGCAGGCUGACUACUCCUUAGAAGUUCCUGGCUUUGGGGCAAAUUUUUCAGACAAACCAAAGCAGAGGAGGCCACGCUGUAAAGAACCUGGAAAAUUAGAUGUCAGCUCCCUGAGUGGGGAAGAGAGAGUUCCUGCCAUCCCCAAGGAGCCAGGACUGAGGGGGUUUCUUCCAGAAAACAAGUUCAAUCACACCCUGGCUGAGCCUAUUCUUCGAGAUACGGGCCCCCGCAGGAGGGGGAGGCGGCCUCGGAGCGAACUCCUGAAGGCUCCUUCCAUUGUGGCAGACUCUCCCUCUGGAAUGGGGCCACUGUUCAUGAAUGGACUGAUUGCUGGGAUGGACCUGGUAGGACUUCAGAACAUGAGAAAUAUGCCAGGCAUCCCCCUCACCGGGCUGGUGGGGUUUCCAGCUGGCUUUGCCACGAUGCCAACGGGUGAAGAGGUCAAAAGUACCCUGAGCAUGCUGCCCAUGAUGCUGCCAGGCAUGGCUGCUGUGCCCCAGAUGUUUGGUGUUGGGGGACUCCUCAGUCCACCCAUGGCAACCACCUGCACUUCCACUGCUCCGGCGUCUCUAUCGAGCACAACGAAAAGUGGUACGGCAGUGACUGAAAAGACUGCGGAAGACAAGCCGAGUAGCCAUGAUGUGAAAACAGACACUUUAGCUGAGGACAAGCCUGGUCCAGGUCCAUUUUCUGAUCAGUCUGAACCUGCAAUAACUACUAGUAGUCCUGUGGCUUUUAACCCAUUUCUCAUCCCAGGAGUAUCUCCUGGACUCAUUUACCCAUCCAUGUUCCUCUCCCCUGGUAUGGGCAUGGCUCUGCCAGCCAUGCAGCAGGCCAGACACUCGGAAAUAGUAGGUCUGGAGAGCCAGAAGAGGAAGAAGAAGAAGACAAAGGGGGACAACCCCAACUCCCACCCAGAGCCUGCUCCCAGCUGUGAAAGGGAGCCCUGCGGUGAUGAGAACUGUGCCGAACCCAGUGCCCCUUUGCCCGCAGAGAGAGAACAUGGGGCACAGGCUGGGGAGGGGGCACUCAAAGACUCCAACAACGACACCAAUUAGAACUUUUUUCAUUUAAGAAAUUAUUGUGACUUGUAAGUUUCUUAUCCCAUAAAGGUUUGUUACUUCCCUCACUUCACCUCCAUAAGAACCUGUGUUUCCAUAAGUAAGAUUACCUACCUGAUUUCCUGUCUGAGAACUAUGGUAACAGAUGUUAAUAGUUGCAGGGUCUCACCACUUCAUUAGAUAAGUGUUGUCUACCUAGUCUAGGAGGCACAGAAUUCUCAUUCUGUUAUCCAGUUCAUUCCAGCAAUCAUAGUUAAUACAGUACUUGGUGACACGCCCUACCCCCUUCUCUUCCAAGUUUCCCACUCACUUGAGGAGGAAAAAUGGCAAAAGAAAGCUGUCUAGGGUUUUACCAUUGAAGGGUGGAAGAACAGAGACAAAGAGGAGCUCUUUUUCUGUGAGCUGGGUUGCACAGGAAGAAUGUCACAGGGAACCAAAAAGCACAGAAAAAGGAAGUGCUGGUGCAUAUUUUUGAGUUAAAAUAUUUCCCUAUUUUAUCAUGAUUACUAAGUGAGUAGUAUAGACAGAAGUAUAUAACUAAUGGUUGAAAAUACAUAUAUUCAUUUCUUUAUAAAAAACAAAAACCUUACCGGUAGUAAUAUAAUUUCCCCCUUGGUGGUUUUUCAGACACCUGCAGCAAGAAGAAAUACUGACUGACUAGGCAUUAUUUUCUAUACAUCCCUCUCACCAGUGAAAAGAUUCCUCUUGCUGCGAGAAAGCUUUACCCACCAUGAGUUAUUGCUGUCGAUGGGGGUGGGGCAAGGACCCGCGCUCCGUAGAGCUACACGCUGCUUCACAAGCACACGGCUAGCGCUCUGCUCUCACCUGGUUCGCUUACAGAUUUCUCUAGCCAUUAAUUUGCCUCUCUGUGUUUAAAGAGCACCAGGACCGAAUGGAUUUUCACUUCAGGCUUUCCUUCACCAAGAAUAAGGUUCUUUCUGGAGCCUGCAAGAAGACAGUUGCCCAACACUUUGAUACUUGCUAGUAGGUCCUUUGAUCAAGAGUGUCUGAGGCUGUCAAAUGUGUGCCACCCUUUAUAAUACAGCUAUGAAAAGUUACUUCUCCAUUAAUUUCUCCAUUCUGUUUAUAUUUUACAGUUGGACCCAAAUUCCAAAUUAUCACUUAAUCGAAACUACGUUGCAAGUCAACAUUAUUUUCUCUUCUUCCUCAGCUUCUCCAUGUUUAGGAACUGAGAAAGAACCUGCCUAAGCAGCACUUCCCCAUGUCCUUUCACCUUCAUGUUAACGUCCCUUCUGAUGGUCUCACUCUUCACAGGUAGUUCACACUCUGAGACUUGAAGUAAGCUCAUGGUUCAGUACUCUGGGGGCGCAGGGCUGCGCAGGACCCUUGGAAAUGUUGCAAGUGUUACUAGUACCAGUUUCACUUUUUGUUGUCACAAUUUACUGUAUUUUUUACUUUUUCUGUUACAGUUUUGCUAAUUUAUCAGAAGGUCCAAAAGUCUGACAUAACUAUUUCAUUUUGCAUUAUUUAUUUAUGAUGCUUUUGUCAUUGUCUUUUAUACAUUUGGGAUUAUAAAUUAUGUAAAUGUUAAAAUGAGCAUCUCAAAGAAGUCUGUUAAAUCAUGACUGAAAAAAAUCCAUCAGAUGUAUCUUCAAAAAGUGGAGUCCCAGUUUUAUGAAUCAGAGAUAUAAACCAGAAAUUCUAUAACUGAUCAUAGAAGAAGAAUCCAGUAAUUGAACAAAUCCUAUUUAAUGACAUCCUUGUAGCAUAGAUGGUCUAUAAUGCUGACCACAGAUUUCUUAGAAAUGCUGCUCUCUCUAUUUAACUAACAUUUUGUUCAGUUUUGCCUCCAGUGGAAGCAGAAAGGGUUUUUUCAGCUGUUAAAUCCUAAAAAUCAAUAUAAUUUAUUUAUGUAAGAAAAAUAACUCAAUCAAUAUAUUUUUGAACCUUUUAAGUACUAAUUUUCUUUUUAUCAAGUAGAAAAAAAAAUGUAUUUGCCCUAAAUCCUUAAAAUACAAAUGCUAUAAAAAUUCCUGUAUCUUGAAAGCCUUACUGCAAAUGAGUAUUAUAGACAUCCAGCAGAGUCUGGUUUUCUUUGU